CAUCUUCCACGUCUCUCCUUCAGGUACCUGCGCUUUGGUCUUGCAGCCCAACCCAUGUCACUCUUCAUAUAUAGCGUCAUUCUGUCGGACAUGAUGUACUCAACAAAAGCAUUGGCUUAACACUUCUUCCAUACCCUUCCCACCCUUGUCCAAGUUCGAAACACAAAUCUCAAGGGUCCCUCCCUCCCCGAAAAAGGAAAACACUAUUACCACAGUAACUCGCGGCGCAACCUCACGACUUUGUUGUGACAAGAGACACAUCUCUCCUUCCAGAGACCCUACACAAAUCAUCAAGCGACCAGCGCGCUCUCCUCCCAAAAGCCACCGUCAUGGCGGGUACAGAAAUAUACGUGCGUGAGACGCGACGACGGUACAGAUGGCCAGAAGUCCAGCUCAACCUGUGGAUCUUCAUCGUCCUCGCAGGAGCAGCCACAGUGUUGGGAAUAAAUGCAUGGUUCAUAUCAGUCCAGAAUCAAUUAAGAGUCGGAGUGCCCUGGCUAUUUACAUUCGCUGUCGUCGCCGGGGGCCUUACCAUCUUGUUCCUCAUCAUCAUCCUCAUCCUCGCUCCACGGCGCAUGCUGAUACCUGGCGGGAUAUUACUCGGCUCGUUUAUCCUGUUUGUGCUGUGGGUGACGACGCUCAUCGAGACGGCCAUCCAGCUUUACGGCAACGGCAACGUCAACAGCAAUUGCAACAACUACGUCAACAACCAACAAUACCACGGGGUCUCGAUAGAAACUCUGGCAUGGCUGACACAGAACAACAUAUGUUCAUGUUGGAAAGCUUCGUUUGCUUGGUCCAUCAUCCUGGCCGUGCUGUUUUUGUGGAUGAUGAUACUGUCAUGGCAGGUGCAGAAUUACGACGACUGAGAUGAAGUAUAUCUACCUCGGUAUAGGUACACCCGCUGUUGUUUCCUUGGGUAUCCUAUUCUUCUGAAGAUGGUAAUGAGCAAUUUAGUAUACGGAUGUGAAUGUUUUUCUUUUUUUUUCGAGGAUGCAUGCAUGGGCCAAUUUGGGUUGCCUCUUGGGCACAUAUUACGAUGAAUACGCAUAUUUGGCAAGGAGUUGUGUCUGAUGUGGCAUAGUUUCAAUUUUUUUCCCUAGAUACCUCUUUCCAUGCCUAGGUAAAGUAGUGCAGUGCACUCAUGAUUGCAUAAGCAGACUGGUACUCGUACUGUAGAUCCAAAAAGUGAGCAAGGACAAUGUAAAAGGUGUUGUUGAUAAGAGACAAACUUCAUCAUUCCAUAGUAGGCUUCAAUAAAC